AUGGAGGACGGCGUCUACGAGCCCCCAGACCUGACCCCGGAGGAGCGGAUGGAGCUGGAAAACAUCCGGCGGCGGAAGCAGGAGCUGCUGGUGGAGAUCCAGCGCCUGCGCGAGGAGCUCAGCGAAGCCAUGAGCGAGGUGGAGGGUCUGGAGGCCAAUGAGGGCAGUAAGACCUUGCAGCGGAACCGGAAGAUGGCCAUGGGCAGGAAGAAGUUCAACAUGGACCCCAAGAAGGGGAUCCAGUUCUUGGUGGAGAACGAGCUUCUGCAGAACACACCGGAGGAGAUCGCCCGCUUCCUGUACAAGGGCGAGGGCCUGAACAAGACGGCCAUCGGGGACUACCUGGGGGAGAGGGAAGAGCUGAACCUGGCCGUGCUGCACGCCUUCGUGGACCUGCACGAGUUCACCGACCUCAACCUGGUGCAGGCGCUCAGGCAGUUUCUGUGGAGCUUCCGCCUCCCCGGGGAGGCCCAGAAGAUCGACCGGAUGAUGGAAGCCUUCGCCCAGCGAUACUGCCUGUGUAACCCCGGGGUUUUCCAGUCCACAGACACCUGCUACGUGCUGUCCUUUGCCGUGAUCAUGCUCAAUACCAGCCUGCACAACCCCAACGUCCGGGACAAGCCGGGCCUGGAGCGCUUCGUGGCCAUGAACCGGGGCAUCAACGAGGGCGGGGACCUGCCCGAGGAGCUGCUCAGGAACCUCUACGACAGCAUUCGGAACGAGCCCUUCAAGAUCCCGGAGGACGACGGGAACGACCUGACCCACACCUUCUUCAACCCGGACCGGGAGGGCUGGCUCCUUAAGCUGGGGGGCCGGGUGAAGACAUGGAAGCGGCGCUGGUUUAUCCUCACGGACAACUGCCUCUACUACUUCGAGUACACCACGGACAAGGAGCCCCGAGGCAUCAUCCCCCUGGAGAACCUGAGCAUCCGGGAGGUGGACGACCCCCGGAAACCAAACUGCUUCGAGCUUUACAUCCCCAACAACAAGGGGCAGCUCAUCAAAGCCUGCAAGACGGAGGCAGAUGGCCGCGUGGUGGAGGGGAACCACAUGGUGUACCGGAUCUCGGCCCCCACGCAGGAGGAGAAGGACGAGUGGAUCAAGUCCAUCCAGGCAGCUGUGAGCGUGGACCCCUUCUACGAGAUGCUGGCCGCCAGGAAGAAGCGGAUUUCCGUCAAGAAGAAGCAGGAGCAGCCCUGA